AUGAUUAGUGUUAAUCCGCUGGAAAAGGCGAGAAGCGCUUGUCCUUCGCAAUCAGAAAGAAACUCCGCCUUGGACGAUCUGGACAGGUGCGACAUCGCCACACUACUACAUCAUCUGCUCCCUCACCUCGACAGUCUCGAAAAAGCCUUCCAAACGCUUCUGGAAAGGACUGCUCCUAAUUCCAGCUGCGUAUUCUGCACCGUGGACGAGAAUCGUGACAACCACUAUGCCGGGACGGGUCCACGGUUGCCGGAUUCAGACUCCAAAACAGCACAGGCGACAAAGCUGAACCUGUGCCUCCUCCUCCUGAACACGGCACACGAUGACAAGACCGCAGCCGCCCACGAAGCGGCCAUACAAGAAGUAACCACUAGCUCAACGCCAAUCGUCAUCGUCAUCAACAAGCGAUCAGCAACCCACCACCCGUCAUCAACGCACCUGCAUCUGGCCGGACUCUCAAGCCACAAUAAGCACUAUCGAGAAGCCACUAUCAAGUCACGUCAACGCACCACCUACGCCACUCCACAAACUCCGUAA